CUCAGGCUUCAGAUGCAGCAGCAGCAACAGCAACAACAGCAGCAACAACAACAGCAGCAGCAACAGCAACAACAAGUGGCCAACCCUCAGCUGCGGCAUAUGCUCAUGAACCAACACCAGCUGCGCCAACAACAGCAGCAGCAGCAGCUGCUCAUGCAACAGCAGCACAUGCGAGGCGGGACGCCCCAGAACCAGCCAGGCGGAGUGAUGGGCCCUGGGGGUCAGCAGGCCAUGCAGGGCUCGGCCAUGGGCCAGAUGGGACAGCCCACCCAGAACUUCAUGGACGACUUCAAUAUCCCGGAAAUACUUUAACACCUUUGCCGCUGUGCCCGAGAGGGUUCCUGGCUUGAUUUCACUCACAGGCUGCCGUGUAAACUAGAAAGUAUUUGCUCUUAUGUAUAAGUUCUUUUGGCACCAUCAAACAGAAGAAAUGACGGGCGCUUCGUUAGCUCAGUUGUCUUCAUGCUGGACAACGGAGCAGACGCUCCUGGUUCAAAUCCCAGACUAUGUGUUCUUGAACUCAAGUCGUUUUUGUGGACUCAACCCAUCUGGCUGGGUCCAUUCGGAGACGGACAUUAUAUUUGGAGGUUCCCACCUCUUUAAAAAUCUAAUAGUAUUCAUAGGGAUAAUAAGUUAAACCCAUACACUUUACCAGAGGAAAUGUUACCUUACAGAUAUUAAUUUCUUAAGGUAGUAGCGAAACAAUUCUCCAGUCAUCCUGUACACUUCCAUUACUCUGUUGUCAUUAGUGAGGAUUACGAAUUUUUAUGACAGUUAUUCUCCCCCCCUCCCCUUUUUUCCCCCCACCUUUUGCAGCCCCAUCUCAAAAGAGUUAUCAGUGAAAGUGAAGGGGAUAACCCCCUGUUUGAGCCCUGGUCCCAUCUGCCUAACAUAUUUAUACAGGUGCCCUGGGCUCCAUAGUGACAAGCUGUUGGAGGGACAAGAUCUCAACUAAGACAGAUGGUGCUUUUUGAAAAGAUGGAGGGUCAUUUAGUUGGUCACCAAAUCUUGUGUUAGGCUUUGCCAAGUAGGGUAAUUCUUUUCCUCUAUGUUACCUGAAGAAUUAUAGAACUUGGUGUACAGAAAAGUGAAAAGACUUGAAAUAACAUCAAGAGGCUAGCCUAGGAUAGAGAAAA